AUGAGUAUAGAGUUAUUUACCAUUCCGGAACUGUUGGGAAAUGGAAGGAUUGCUACCAUUAAAACCGGUGAUGGUACAAUUUAUUUCCUAGCAAGGGAAAUAGCAUCUGCACUUGGAUACAUUAAUCCACACGAUGCUAUCGACAAUCAGAUAGAUGUGAGAUCAAAGUUUUCACUCGGAGAAAUACGUAAACUCGCUACUAGCGAGUUAACAGACUUACCCAGUGGCGUACGGAUUAAUACUGUUUUCAUUAACGAAUAUGGUAUUUACGAUCUUGUAUUUAAAUCAAGAUUACCCGUUGCGAGAGAAUUUAAGUGGUGGGUUAUUAGUGAGGUUCUUCCCUCCAUUCGGAAAACGGGAAAGUAUGCAUUACCAGGUGUUGUGGGUAAGCUUAAAAGUAUUGAGGAUAGCGAGUUACGUUGUCUCAAAGGACCCGAAUGGAUGGAGGUAAAAAGUGAGCUGGCCCGAAAGACUAACCUUAUGAAAGAUCCCGAAGCAGUUUUACGCGGAAGAAAAGGUGGGUUAGCUGCACAAGAGAAUAAUAGGCGGGCUAGAAAGUUAUCACAUGAAAGAGGAGUUAAAAUUCUUGAACUUGAAGAAAAAGUACAAGAUCUUGAAGAAGAAUUAACUGAAAAAAUCCAUGAACUCGAAGAUGAGAACAAGAGACUCUGGAUCGAAAAUAAAAAUCUCAAAGAACAAUAA